CAUUCUUACGCUGGACUAAUCCCAUAAUGCUUCUGUACCGUGAUGUUAUUUCUGGCGACGAGAUGGUCUCUGAUGCUUUUGAUAUGAAAGAAGUGGACGACAUUGCCUAUGAAAUCGAUGCCAAGAUGCUUACUAUCAAGGAGGGUGCUGAUAUUGAUAUUGGUGCCAAUGCAUCUGCUGAAGAGGCCACCGAAGAACUCGAAGAUGGUGCUAUCCAGGUCAACAAUGUUGUUUACUCGUUCAACUUGCAGAGCACCAGUUUUGACAAAAAGAGCUACAUGACCUACAUCAAGGGAUACAUGAAGGCUGUUAAGAAGUACCUCGAGGCAAAUAACCCUGAGCGUGCUGCUAUUUUUGAAAAAAAGGUUCCUGCCUUUGUCAAAAAGAUUCUUGAAAACUUCAAGGACUAUGAGUUCUACGUUGGCGAGUCUAUGAAUCCUGAAGGAUGUGUUGCUCUCCUCAACUACCGCGAAGAUGGUGUUACUCCUUACUUUACUCUGUUCAAGGAUGGCCUCAAGACUGAGAAGCUGUAAGCUUUUACGAUCCACACAACCGAUGCCGCAUGAAGCAGACGGGAGCUUAUUGACAUACAAUUCAUUAACAUCAAGUGAUCAAUUAGUUUUAUCGUUUUUAAACAAAGUUUCGUUUCAUCUCG